UGGGAGAGGUGUCCGUUUGUGGACGGUGCGAGUAGCUUGGAAAGAAACUGAAACUACUAGUUAAACGCAUUAAUAAAUCAUGAAGGAAGAUAAAGAGAACGCUCGUCCCAGGGAGAAGAAAGUCGAAAUAAGAUGCGACGACAGCGAGAAGUCGGAAAAGCCAAACAAGGAGAAGAAAGAGGCGCUGACAAAGAUAGUGAUCCGCCGCCUUCCGCCUGGCCUGACUAAAGAAGAGCUGGAGGAGCAGCUGCAGCCUAUUCCGGAGGUGGACUAUCUGGAGUUCUUCUCCAACGACACCAGCCUGUACCCCCACCUUUUCUCAAGAGCCUACAUCAAUUUCAAGAACCAAGAGGACAUUGUACUCUUCAGAGAUCGCUUUGAUGGAUAUGUUUUCAUUGAUAAUAGAGGGCAGGAAUACCCAGCCAUAGUUGAGUUUGCACCUUUUCAGAAGACUGCCAAAAAACGGAAUAAAAAAAAAGAUGCCAAGACUGGGACCAUCGAGGAAGACCCUGACUAUAAGAAGUUUCUGGAGAAUUACUAUGGUGAUGAUGAGAAACUGACUUCUACCCCUGAGACUCUUCUGGAAGAAAUUGAAGCCAAAACAAAAGAAUUAGUUGCUAAGAAAACAACUCCUCUCUUGGACUUUCUCAAAAACAAGCAGCGGCUCCGGGAGGAGAAGAAAGAAGAAAGGAGGAAGAGAGAGCUGGAGCGCAAGCGUCUUCGUGAAGAAGAGCGCCGCAAGUGGCGAGAGGAGGACAGGAGGAAACGUAAAGAAGCAGAGAAGCACAAGAAAGGAGAGAAGAUCCCUGAUAAGGAAAGAGAGAAGCCAAAGGAGGAACCAAAGAUCAAGCUCUUGAAAAAACCAGAGAAAGGAGAUGAUGUCGACACAGAAAAGCCCAAAGACAAGGUGAAAAAAAUUGAGAAAGACAGAUUGAAAGAUGACAGGACUUUGACCAUGGAGUUCAAGAAGAGACCGAAUGGUGAAACCCGUGAUGACAGAGGAAGGAACAGGCAGGAUGAGGAUGGGCGGAGGGACUACAGGGACUGGGACAUGGAUCGAGACAGGGAACGGAGGCAGAGGGAGAAGGAGCGACUCCGGAGGCAGGAUGAGGAGCGGAGGAGAAAGAGGGAACGGCUCGAGGCCGAGAGCUCGUACAAGAAGAGGGAGGAAGAAGUGAAAAAACCGAGAGAUCGCACUUGGGAGAAGAGGACAAUGGAGAUUUCUGGAGACCAGGCUGGUAACAUAGACAAGUCUGCAAAAGAAGAGCGAAAAGAGGACAGUAUAAAAAGAGACCGCGUGAGAAACAAGGACCGUCCUGCCAUUCAGCUGUACCAGCCUGGAGCACGAAGCCGCAAUCGGACAACGAUGAGCGAAACCUCUGCCGGAGAGAAGAAGGUGGAGGGCGAGGCUAAGAGUUCUCAAGAGAAAGGAGAAGAGUGAUCGAGCUAUUAAGAGAGCAAUCGGAGGCGAGUCAGGCACAGACAGGUGGUAGAGAGGAGGAGAGGUCCUCACCUCUCCGCACUUCCUCCACCACAGAAGCAUUCAUGUGAGAUCCACUCUCCUCCUGGUGGCUGAUUGGGCUCCUCUAGUUUUUGUCAGCUGAGGAUGAAAAACACAUGUUAAAGGGCUCAGCACAAGAGGCACAGUGUGAGAUGCCAAAGUUUGCAGGAUCAAGCGAACCGCAAGUGACCUUAGAAUAGGCUUGCAAUCUGUUACUGUACUAUGCAUUAGCAUAGUGGGUGAACUUCCUAGAGAGGACUUCCACCCUGAACAGUUAUCCACACAGAUACAUCCGUACGUGUGCACACCACACACAGACACACAUUUUCUCCACAGAAGAGAUUCUAGACAACUGGGUUACAGUUUUGAUAGGAAACUCUAUAAUUUUCCUUUCAUCUGCCUUUAUUAAACAGUACUUAGGGUUCAUUGUACUGUCAGUCUAUGCAUUUCACUCCUGACUUCUCCAGGGACUUUUUUUUUUUUUUUUUUUUUUGGUUCCACUCCUUGUUUCUCUGCUGUUUCAGAAUUUAAUCAAAUGAAUUUACUCACGCUCAGUUAUAGUGCUCAAGAUAGUCGUUUGGGGAGGUGUUCAGGAGAGAUGCCCUACGAACCCAGCAGCCUUGUUUCCUUCUCUAUGGCCGGUCAAGGACUUCUGAUUAGAAGACCUUGAAUCCACACCGACUUGCCACUCUUGCCCACUGGUUACAUGCAGGGUGUGCAAGAGAAGUUAUCCUUUCUGCCCAGUUACUGUUCACAGCCUUGACCAGUUGUCAGUCAUGCACUUACCCGCUUUCAUGCUGUUCUGUGUGCUACAACAAACAAUACAGAAAUUGUCUAAUAAAAUUAAU